AUGUAUAGACAAAUAAAAAUUGCAGAAGAGCAUCAAGAUUAUCAACGCAUACUUUGGAGAGAAAAUCCAACAGACAGAAUCGAGGAAUUUAAAUUAACCACAGUUACUUAUGGAACUGCUUCGGCCCCAUUUUUAGCAGUUCGCACAUUACAACAAAUUGCUGAAGACUAUAAUGGAGACAUUCUUAUUAAAAAUACAAUUAAAGAUGAUUUUUAUAUGGAUGACUUAUUGACUGGCGCUGAUACAAAAUUAGAUUGUAGAAAUAAAAUCAAUACAAUUUUCAAAUGUUUAAGCAGCGCUGGAUUUAAAUUGCGGAAAUGGAUGUCCAAUAAUCAAUCAAUCUUGAAAAAUCUUCCCAUUGACGCCGAAAAUACAAUACUGUGCAUAGAGGAAGAUAAUUCAAUAAAAACACUAGGAUUGAAAUGGAAUCCAAAAAAGGAUGCAUUUCAAUUCACAAUAAAUAUAUUAUCAAAUGAGAAAAUAACUAAAAGAAUGGUAUUGUCAAUAUACGCAAAAAUUUUUGACCCAUUAGUGGAGCAAAUUCGAAUUCCAAGAUGGAUGGGAGUCUCGAGUUCAGAUAAUUGGGAGUUACAUGGAUUCGCGGAUGCAUCUGAAGCCGCUUAUGCAGCGGUAAUAUACAUCAAAAUCGGUUUACAUAUAAACCUAUUGACUGCAAAGAGCAAAGUAGCACCAAUAAAAAACAAGAAGACUAUUCCCAAGCUAGAACUAUGUGGAGCUCAUUUAUUAGCAAAACUAAUGAGUAAAAUAAUUAAAAUUUUAAAUACGAAUCCAAAAACAUAUUGUUGGAGUGACAAAAACAAAGAGAAGUUUGUAAGAACUCGUGCAACAGAAAUUAAAAAUUUAAUUCCAGAAACUGAAUGGCGUCAUAUAAGAUCAAAAGAUAAUCCAGCUGAUGUAGCAUCUAGAGGCAUCUGUGCAAACAAAUUAAAAGAUUACAUGCUAUGGUGGCAUGAGCCUGCAUGGGUACCUAGUCAAAUCUAG